UCCACCAUAUGAAGUAGAUCCUCCCCUAGAUAAUACGUCACUUGGGACCGAAGUAACCGACAUUUUAAUGGAAGACACGUGAAUCGUGAAGAUAUGAUAUCGAAAGGAAGAGGCGCUUAUGACCGAAAAUUUUCCAAGACUCAGGACCGAGAAGCCCCCAAGAAAGGACUUAGGACUCAAGACCAAAAAACUUCCUCUCUUGAAAACAAUAAUGACCGUCAACAACAACAACGAAGAAAACGAAGUAAUGAACCUUCUACAAGAACAACAGCAUCUUCCUCCAACAAAGAAAAACAAAGGAAAUCGGUUAAUCAAAGCGGGAAGCAGGAUAUUGAGGAAUGCUUGAAACAACUAACAAGAGAAAAUGAAAUACAAAAAUCCAAGUUGGAGGAGCAAAUUCGAUUAAAUUCUGUAAGAAAAUAA